AUGGCUCCACCAAAGGACAAAUGGGAUGAUGAGGCUGAGAGCAGCGAGGAAGAAGUAGCCGGCACUGUCCCCCGUAUCGCGCCAAAGAAGAAGUGGGACGACGAGGAGGACGAUGAUGAUGUCCUCGACUCUUGGGACGCCGCCGACGAUUCCGAGGAGGAGCGCAAGAAGGAGGCCGAGCGCAUCGCCGAGCGACAAGCCGAGAAGGCUGCUGCUGCCGAGCGGGCCGCCCGCGAACUCGAGGAACUUGAGAACGAGACACCCGCGCAGAAGAGGGAGCGCGAGCGCCGCAGACAGGAGGAGUCGGAUAUGUCUCACGCUAUCGAUCUUUUUGGCGCUGUUGGUAUCGGUGCUGGGUCGGGUAUUGGGAACCGUGAGAAGAAGAUCAGUCUCACGGACCCCAACGAUCCUACCAAGAACAUCGACUUGGGAUCGCUGCUAAUCUUCAACCCAACAACAAAAGAUGCGUUUUUGAAGCUGAGAGAGGUGCUUGUGCCACUGCUCACUGCUAAUACCAAAAAGGCACAUUAUCCUCUGUUUUUGCAGGAGUUUGCCAGGCAGUUGUCAAAAGAUAUGCCCAGUGAGCAGAUCAGGAAGGUUGCAAGUGGCCUGACAACCUUGGCCAACGAGAAGCAGAAGGAGGAGAAGGCGGCGGAUAAGGGUGGUAAGAAGAAGACCGUUAAGAAGACUGCGUUGGCGGCGGCUGGAAAGGAGAUGGAUAAGUUUGACACAACUGACUACCGUGCGGAUAACACGUAUGAUGAUGACGACUUCAUGUAA